AUGGAGCAUGAUGGCGAAUACGUUGUUGUGCUUUAUUACAAAUAUGUGCGUCUAUGCGAGACGUCAGAGGAGCUCAAAGCAUAUGCAUCUUCCCAAGAAGAUUUAUGUUUAUCUUUUGGGCUUACAGGUCGUAUACGACUCGCACUGGAAGGUAUUAAUGGUACGCUUGGAGGCACCAGUGCAAGUGUGCAGAGUUAUAUCGACGCUAUGAAGGAGCAGUCAAAAUUUAGUGACGUGGACUGGAAGACUAGUCGAGCAAAGGUGGCUCCGUUUUCUGAGCUAAUUGUACGUGUCGUUGCGGAGAUUGUAGCUUUAGAGCUUCCAACUCAUGCUUACGACUUAAAAGUGCGAGGCAAACAUUUGACACCAGACGAGUUUCGAGCAGAGCAAUUAAAUGCUGAGCCUGAAUCUAUUGCUGUUAUUGACGUACGCAAUGUAUAUGAAUACAACGUUGGUCAUUUUACUGGUGCUUUAAACCCAAAGACUCGUCGUUUUGGGCAAUUUCCUCAAUGGGUACAACAUGAGCUGCCCAUGUUACAACAAAAGGAAAAAGUGUUAAUGUAUUGCACAGGUGGCAUCCGAUGCGAAAAAGCUUCAGCUUAUUUAAAACAUUUAGGACUCAAGAAUGUCUAUCAGUUGGAAGGAGGAAUUCAUCGCUACCUUGAGCGUUUUCCCGAUGGUGGAGAUCUUUUUCAGGGCAAAAACUUUGUCUUUGAUCAGCGAGUAAUGAUGGCUUCUGAUGACAAGAUGAUCACGGGCCAAUGUGCGCGAUGCCACGUACCGCAUGAUGAAUUGUCAGGCUCUCGCUGUGCAUAUUGUCGUACGCAUGUGCUGCUCUGUGAAGCGUGUCAGGAAGAAGCAAAAGACCGUAAAGAGACUGAUGACGACAUUUUCUGUGACGAUCAUCUGGCUUUGGUAUCUGGAUCGAUAGAAGACCUGAAGAUGCGCGUGCAUUUUCUCCACGACUUGAUAUCGAAGGAAAAUGGCCGCGAUAAAAAGGGUCGUCGCCGUUCACUACGCAAGCAGUUAGACACAGUUGACCGCAGGAUACAACGUCUUACUAAUGCAUAA